GGAGGAGGGGAGCUAGGUGGUGACAUCACAGUUGAAGGUUAUAAAAGCUUCCAGCCAAACAGCAUUGAAGUUGAAGAUACAACCUGACAGCACAGCCUGAGAUCUUGGGGAUCCCUCAGCUUAACACCCACAGACAUCGGCUGGUGGAUUCCCGCUGCAUCAAGGCCUACCCACUGUCUCCAUGCUGGGCUCUCCCUGCCUUCUGUGGCUCCUGGCCGUGAUCUUCUUGGUUCCCAGAGCUCAGCCCUUGGACCCUCAAGACUUUGAAGAAGAGGAAGAAGAUGAGACUGAGACGGCGUGGCCGCCUUUGCCGGCUGUCCCCUGCGACUACGACCACUGCCGACACCUGCAGGUGCCCUGCAAGGAGCUACAGAGGGCCGGGCCGGCGGCCUGCCUGUGCCCAGGACUCUCCAGCCCUGCCCAGCCGCCCGACCCGCCGCGCAUGGGAGAAGUGAGCAUUGUGGCCGAAGAGGGCCGCGCAGUGGUCCACUGGUGUGCCCCCUUCUCCCCCGUCCUCCACUACUGGCUGCUGCUUUGGGACGGCAGCGAGGCUGCGCAGAAGGGGCCCCAGCUGAACGCUACGGUCCGCAGAGCCGAACUGAAGGGGCUGAAGCCAGGGGGCGUUUAUGUCGUUUGUGUGGUGGCCGCUAACCAGGCUGGAGCAAGCCGCGUGCCCGAGGCUGGAAGAGAGGGCCUCGAGGGGGCUGACAUCCCUGCCUUCGGGCCUUGCAGCCGCUUUACGGUGCCGCCCAACCCCCGCACUCUGGUCCACGCCGCCGUCGGGGUGGGCACGGCCCUGGCCCUGCUGAGCUGUGCCGCCCUGGUGUGGCACUUCUGCCUACGCGAUCGCUGGGGCUGCCCGCGCCGAGCCGUCGCCCGAGCCGCAGGGGCGCUCUGAAAGGGGCCUGGGGGCAUCUUGGGCACAGCUAGCCCCACCUGGGGCGCUCAGCCCGGCCCCUGGAAAGAGGGGAACCCGCUGCCUCCAGGGAGGGCUGGACGGCGAGCUGGGAGCCAGCCCCAGGCUCUAGAGCCACAGCAGAGUCAUGGUUCUCUGGGCUGAGCGCUUGUUUAGGUCUGGGACUUGGCGCUUUGUUUCCUGGCUGAGGUCUGGGAAAGAAUAGAAAGGGGCCCCCAAUUAUUUUUUUAAACGGUCAGCUAGUAAAUAAUGUAACCUUUGGAUUUAAGAGGAUAAAA